AUUUGACGCCCGUGAAAAUUCAGCCUCAGCCUGCAACUUGGAUUGAAAGAUGUCAUAAUUUAGUUUGUAUGUAAUGACAUCAAAUAUGAUGGAUUAUGAAUUUAAAGUAAAAACCCAGAAAGAUCGUACGAAAGUUGAAGAUUUGUUCGAAUUUGAAGGCUGCAAGGUUGGAAGGGGAACGUACGGUCAUGUAUAUAAGGCGAGGAGAAAAGAAGGAGUUCCUGACAGCGAGUUAAAAUCACGUCCUGAUACUAAAGAUUUUGGUCUCAAACAAAUCGAAGGGACUGGGCUUUCUAUGUCAGCAUGUCGUGAGAUAGCACUCCUUAGAGAAUUGAAACAUACAAACGUCAUAACAUUGAUACGUGUGUUUCUAUCACACAAUGAUCGGAAGGUUUGGCUGCUUUUUGAUUUUGCAGAGCAUGAUCUAUGGCAUAUCAUAAAAUUUCAUAGAGCAGCCAAAGCGAAUAAAAAACCUGUUAUGGUACCGAAGGGCAUGGUAAAGUCGCUUUUAUAUCAGAUAUUAGAUGGAAUUCAUUAUUUACAUUCAAACUGGGUUCUUCACAGAGAUCUAAAACCUGCCAAUAUACUAGUGAUGGGAGAAGGUGUGGAAAGAGGGCGAGUAAAGAUAGCUGACAUGGGAUUCGCACGUUUGUUCAAUGCUCCCCUUAAACCUUUAGCAGAUUUGGAUCCUGUGGUCGUUACGUUUUGGUACAGAGCUCCGGAGCUGCUGCUGGGUGCAAGGCAUUAUACAAAAGCAAUUGAUAUCUGGGCAAUUGGAUGUAUAUUUGCGGAAUUACUGACAUCAGAGCCCAUAUUUCACUGCAGACAAGAAGAUAUCAAGACAAGUAAUCCAUAUCAUCACGAUCAGCUCGAUAGAAUAUUCAAUGUAAUGGGAUUUCCAUUGGAAAAAGAUUGGGAAGAUAUAAAAAGAAUGCCAGAGCAUCCUACACUCCUCAAAGACUUUAAGCGAUCAAAUUAUGCCAAUUGUUCCUUAACUAAAUACAUGGAUCGCCAUAAGAUUAAACCGGACAGCAAGGCUUUCAAUUUGCUGCAGAAACUACUGAUGAUGGAUCCUAACAAAAGGAUAACAUCAGAACAUUCCAUGCAGGAUGCCUAUUUUCAGGAAGAACCUUUGCCGACGCAAGAUAUUUUUGCUGGUUGCCCCAUCCCGUAUCCAAAAAGAGAGUUUUUGACUGAUGAUGAUACUGAAGAAAAAAGUGAAAACAAAGCAAGACAAAAUCAGCAGCAAACAAAUCAGUGUGUCAACGCAACACAGGGAGGUACGUGCCAAGUUUAUGGAAAUUCCGCGUGCAGUGUAAAGAAGCAAUCAAACUCAUUGAGUCAAGGACUUGUUAAGACUGAAAAAUUAUCAUACAAGUUGUACAAAAUUUCAGAUUCUGGAGAAUCUAAAUGGAAUGUGAAAGGCAAUCUAUGGUUUAUCACCAUGUUUGGGCCAAGCUCUUAUUUACAAGAAAAUGAGCUACACGGGAUUAUCAAUUUCAGUAGCGACUGCAGUUCACUUGUGUUAACUGCAACAAAUUCGAUUAUGCGUACACUGGAUAUAUCUGAAUCAAAUGAUACGUAACGCCGAAUUUUUAUGAAAGAUUUGUAUCCAUGAAAAUAUUUCAUUUUUACAAAUCAUAGUCAAUAUUUGAAGCACCACCGACAAUAUAAGUAAAAGAAAAAAUUCUAAAAAUUCAAACGUAUAUACUAUCGAUUUGGAUGACUGAGAUUUUGUUUUUCUUUUUUCUUUCCUAUUUAUAUUAGUAAUAUUAUUUCCACUUGACCUAAAUCGAUAAUUUUUGCCAAAUCUUGGAUGUACCUGCAAAGGUUCAUUGGGAAAUUACGAUAAAAGCACUCUCUACGCUCUUAGUUUUAGAAUUAACCUCUACAAGUGUACAAUACUUUCAUUGCUCGGACAGAAUACUAUUUCCGCUAUAAUAUUAUACCAUAUAAUACUAUACGCGUUGCAAAUUGGAAACGAGUUUUCUUAUGAACAACGUCAUCAAGUUGUUUUCAAUAGGCUAUAUGGAAAAUGAUUGUUUCAGAUAUAAAUAUAUGUAAAUAA